AUGUCGAAAACGUCAAAGGAAGGCCCAAAUGCCAAUCCGCAGAUGGAGCUGGAUCCGAAGUACGACGACUAUGACUUUCCCACGACUGCUCCCGAGUCGCAGUCUGGCCACCCUGGCCAUACCACCAAAGAACAAGAUGCCCAGGUACACCAGCUGCGGGCGAUACUUGAACAAGAAGGAUACACUGAACGUUUGGACACCUUGACCCUGUUGCGGUUCUUGAGAGCUCGGAAAUUCGAUGUCGAGCUUUCCAAACAAAUGUUCAUCAAGAACGAGCAAUGGCGCAACGAGUUCGGUGUGGAUGAUCUGGUUCGCAAUUUUGACUACAAGGAGAAACCCGAAGUUUUCAAGUACUAUCCUCAGUAUUACCACAAAACAGACAAGGACGGCCGACCUGUUUACAUCGAGCAAUACGGGAAAAUCGACCUCAAUGCCAUGUACAAGAUCACCACUGCUGAACGAAUGGUCCAGAACCUUGUCGUUGAGUACGAGAAAGUCGCCGACCCUCGACUGCCAGCUUGCUCGCGGAAGUCGGGCAAAUUGCUCGAGACUUGCUGCACGAUCAUGGAUAUGAAGGGGGUAGGCGUAACAAAGAUUCCUUCAGUGUACGGCUAUCUCCAAUCAGUCAGUUCCAUCUCUCAAGAUCACUACCCUGAACGCCUGGGUAAGUUAUACAUCAUCAAUGCGCCCUGGGGAUUCAGCACCGUGUUCGGCAUCAUCAAGGGAUUCCUAGAUCCUGUCACGGUUGCAAAGAUCCACGUCCUAGGUUCGGGUUACCAGAGUGAGCUCUUGAAACAAGUUCCUGCUGAGAAUCUCCCAACGCAAUUUGGCGGGACCUGCCAGUGCGAGGGCGGGUGUGAAUACAGCGACGAGGGUCCUUGGCAAGAUCCCCAGUGGGUGAGGACACCAAAAUGGGCAAAGAAGGACCCAGUCACCGGAAAGGAUGCUGCAAACAUUGUACAGCCUGCCCCUACUGCGGGAGCGAAAGAUCCGCUUGAAGGCGGCGCGCCAGCUCCUGCCACGGCCCCUGCCGAAGCAGAGAACCUCCCCUCUGAAGGACCAAAGAUGCCAUUGGAAGCACCACAACCAUAG